AUUAAAGCACAAUAAAUGGAAAUAAUUAACUGUUUAAAAUCUAGUUAUAUCAAUUUUCUAUAUAACUUGCUUAUUAUUACUUGCGAUAACAUUGUCGUACAUAGAGAACCGGUUUUGCUUCUGGAAAACCCAGAUCAUCGUAAGGUCAUUAAAGAUCGUGUUCAUACGACAUUGUUCACACAGUGUAUGAUACACUCAUAAUUAGGAGAUAAAGAUUUUGCUAAAAGUAAGAAUUUCAAGAAACUUUCACUUUUCUUUAAUUCGAUUUAGACGUAUAUUCGAUAGAAGAAAAGCAUCGAUACAGAUAAAGUGCAGAAUCUAAAAAAAAAAAGAAUACUGUUAAAUAUCUAAUAUAGGAGUUAAGAUAAAAAAAAGAGAUAACGCGAAAAUGCCUAUACUUUCGAAUUUAUCUCGUCGUUUUCAUAUGUUAACGACCGAUGCAAAACCCGAUCCACCACGGAUACCAAUCAGUGGAUAUACGCACAAUUUAGUGUCGAAUACGAAAAACAAUGAUGAAUCGAAGAAAACCAACUACGAAUCUGUUCCUGUCACUAAAGAAGCACAAUUCGAACGAAAUAAUGCAAUACAAUCUGAAAAAGAAAAAUCUCGCCUGAAUAAUGCAGUACCUAUCGUAGGAGCUAAUUGUUCUUCCAAAAAACAAGAUCUGAAUAAUACAAAAUCUUCUCCACAUUCUACAAAAGAACGAAUAAGACCAAAUGUUAAAACGAAAACAAAAAUGAAACAACAUAAACACUCACAAGGGUCCUGUGUCGUGAAUUAUAAUAUAAUUAAUUCAAAUGGUGUAAAAAUUGGCUCAAGAACGAGUUACAUUUGUAAUAUUAAUCAAUUUGCUAAAAAUAACACUGAAACGUCAGGAGAAACAUGGUCGAAAUCGAAAAUUCGACAACAAAUGCCAGUAGAAGUAAAACGUUUAUGCGCUUCGACUAACGAAAUUACCUUAAAUGAUAUAUUUAUUAUUAAAACUUAUAUUGGACAUGGUUGGAAAGAUGUUGCCAGAAAAUUAUUAUAUUCAGAUGGUCAAAUUGAACAGUUUGAAGAAAAUUAUAGAUUCCAAGGCAUAAGCGAAGUAAUCUAUCAAAUAUUUCUUGACUGGAAACAGGCUAAUACAAAAGAUGCAGACCUUGGUAAUUUAAUAAAUAUAUUAUGGGAGUGCAAAGAAUAUGACUGCGCAGAAAGAUUAGUCUCUGUUCAUAGUAAUUCAGUAUAAAUACAUCUUAACUAACAUAUGUAAAACUAUAUACGACACAUCUUCUUAACAAUUUAUCUUUUAGUUGGAAAUAUUCAAACACUAGUUACUAUGCAUGUUAUUUAAAAAUAAAAAUUAU